AUGCCAUUAGCACCACAAUGUGAUAUUCCAUGGGAUAACAACAAUCUGCUUUGUAAUACAAACAAAAUUGAUGAUCAUUAUUCAUCAGAGAACGAUUCGGAUGUGUCAUUGUCAACAGCAAUCGAUACUGCAACUGUUAGCAACGCUACAACAAAAGCAAAAGCUAUGACAUCCGAAAUUGAAAUUACUGAAAUUGCAAAAGAGGGUGAAAAAGCAGAUCCAUCACAAUUCGAAUUAUUAUCUAUGAUUGGACAAGGUUCAUUUGGUAAAGUAUUACUUGUAAAAAAAAUACAUGGACGUGAUACUGGACAAUUAUUUGCUAUGAAAAUUUUAAAAAAAGCUACUCUAAAAGUUCGUGAUCGAUAUCGUACAAAAAUGGAACGAGAUAUUUUAGCUCGAUUUUGUCAUCCAUUUAUUGUUCGACUUCAUUAUGCAUUUCAAACCGAAGGAAAAUUAUAUCUAAUUCUUGAUUUCCUACCUGGCGGAGAUCUUUUCAAUCGUCUUUCCAAAGAAAUUAUGUUUACCGAAGAUGAUGUCAAAUUUUAUCUAGCAGAGAUUGCAUUAGCUCUUGGACAUUUGCAUUCGUUAGGUAUUGCAUACAGAGAUUUAAAACCGGAAAAUGUUUUAUUAGACGCCGAUGGACAUAUUAAUUUGACGGAUUUUGGUUUAUCAAAAGAAUCGGUUGAAAAAAAUGGAAAAACGUAUAGUUUUUGUGGUACCGUAGAAUAUAUGGCACCAGAGGUGGUCAAUCGACGUGGACAUACGGUUGCUGCCGAUUGGUGGAGUUUUGGUGUUCUCAUGUAUGAAAUGUUAACUGGUGAUCUACCAUUUCAUGGUAGCAAUCGUCGAGAAACAAUGUCAAUGAUUUUACGAGCAAAAUUAACAAUGCCACAAUCAUUAUCAGUUGAAGCGCAACAAUUACUACGAGCGCUUUUUAAGCGCAAUCCGACAAAUCGUUUAGGUUGUUCAAAUGAUGAUGUGAAAUCGAUUAAAUCACAUCCAUUUUUUGGUACAAUUAAUUGGGAGAAAUUAUAUCGACGAGAAGUUCAGCCACCAUUUAAACCAUUGUGUACUCCAAGUAAUCAUACACGUUGCUUUGAUUCAGAAUUUACAAAGAAAACACCGCAUGAUUCACCUGCUUUACCAGCAUCUGCAACAGCUCAUGAAUUAUUUCGUGGUUUUAGUUAUGUUGCUCCAUCUAUUCUCACUAAUGAUAAGCCUAGUUUAUCAAUCAAUGUUAUCAGUUCACAUCUUCAGGAAGCCGAGAAAGCAUACAUUUUCGAUGAAUACAACUUUAAUGAAGAUCUUGGAAUUGGCUCAUUUUCGAUUUGUAAGAGAUGUGUACAUAAGAAAUCAGGUGCUGAAUUUGCUGUAAAGGGUGGUGAAUUAUUAAGCAGAAUUAUGAUGCUAAAGCAUUUCUCGGAGAGAGAAGCUGCUGCUAUAAUGCUAAGACUUGCUAAUGCUAUCAGUUAUUUACAUUCAAAUCAGGUAGUUCAUCGUGAUCUAAAACCAUCAAAUAUAAUGUAUGCAUCGAAGACAGCUGAUCCGGAUUCAAUCAGGAUAAUUGAUUUCGGAUUUGCAAAACAGUUACGUGCUGAAAAUGGUUUACUGAUGACACCAUGUUAUACAGCACAAUUUGUUGCACCGGAAAUUUUAAGAAAGCAAGGAUAUGAUAUGAAUUGUGAUGUUUGGUCACUUGGAGUAUUACUUUUUACUAUGCUUAGUGGUGAAACACCAUUUGCAACAAGUGAAAAUGACUCACCACAAAAAAUUCUGAAACGUGUCGGUGAAGGGAAAUAUUCAUUGAAUGGUCAAGCAUGGAUAAGCAUUUCAGAACAAGCAAAAGAUCUUGUUCAACAGCUUCUACAUGCUGAUCCAUCUAAACGUCUUUCAGCUAAGCAAAUUCUUAUUCAUCCAUGGAUUGUACAUUUAAAUUCAUUACCAACAAUACGUUUAAAUUUUUUCAAUGAUCCAUUCAAAGUAAUGGAUGCAUUAAACAAAACAUAUCGUGCAUUAACGUGUACAACUACGUCAGUUCCGUUACGACCUGUUAUUGAAUCCGCUUUAGCACGUCGUCGACGUUUAAAUCGAAGGAAAAGUAUUACGGAUGAUAAUGAUGAUAUCAUUAAAGUAGCUAAUUCUGUAAUUACCUAA